AUCAGUAGUAUACUGAGGAGGUUUGGGAGACUGAAGUCAAUAACUGGAUCUUCAGUCUUGUACGUUGUGCUGAGAGUUACACACAGCACCAUGCUGGCUGCAGGGGUCUUCUUGCUCAUAAGUGUCCUAAGUGUUCACGGAUAUGACCCGAAUCUGGACGACGCCUAUUACGUAGAUUAUGAAUAUGACUACGCCACCGUCAGCCCUAGCACUUCUUUUAAUGUAGGCGACUGGCUGUUUGAUCUCCUGCAGGAGACGAAUGUCUGUAAACCAGAUCCUUGCUUCAAUGGUGGCUUGUGCCAAAGUAAAUUCAACACAGAAUUCACUUGCUUAUGUAUUGAGCCUUACAUUGGCAAGAGGUGUCAAAAAGUGAGAAAUGUUUGCGAGAAUGUCAAAUGUGGCCGAGGUGACUGUGUCGUCAACCUAAAAAAACCUCCAUUUUAUGAGUGCAAGUGCAGACCUCCCUACCAAGGCCCCGACUGCAAGUCAUUGCCAGCAUCACCCUGUGAACCCAAUCCUUGCCAGAAUGGUGGCUCUUGCAAGACAGGAAACCGCCGCUUCCGCUGUACUUGUCCUAAUGGAUAUAUUGGGAAGUUCUGUGAAAACGCACUCAGUGACUGUUAUGUGGGAAAUGGAGAGACAUACAGGGGUGUUGCCAGUAUGUCAGAGGACGGGCAGGAGUGUCUGGACUGGCACUCCUACUUCAUUGUGUCAAACGGGGAGGACCCUUUUACCAUGUACUCAGACUUUAACGGACUGGAAUAUAACAACCACUGCAGGAACCCAGAUGGGGAUGAUAAGCCUUGGUGUUUUACAAAAAGACAAGGCAAACUGCAGUGGGACUACUGCAAAGUCAAGAAGUGCUCUGAAGUCACAGCCACUUCAGCGCCAUCAGUCUCACCGGUGCCUGGAUCCACCCAGUUCUCCCAGUGUGGGAUAUCCCAGCCCUCUCGCACUAGCAGGAUUUAUGGGGGUAGCAAAUCUUUCCCUGGUGCCCACCCCUGGCAGGUGUCCCUGCAAUCCAGACCAGAAAGCUCAUCCUUUGAGUAUUCCCACAUGUGUGGUGGGAUCCUCCUCUCAUCCUGCUGGGUCCUCACUGCUGCCCACUGCAUUGAAGACAAUAUGGAAUACCAAGUGGUGUUGGGAGGCGUGAACUUAGACAGACAGGAGGAGAUGGACCAGACCAUCCCAGUAAUACAAACGAUUCGUCAUGAGAACUACAGGGAAACUCCCACCGCUCUUUAUAAUGACAUUGCUCUGCUUAAGCUCAAAGUUACAGACAGCCCUUACUGUGCCAAGGAGACCCACUUUGUGAAGACAGUGUGUCUGCCGGACCAGACUUUCCCAGCUGGAAAAGAGUGUGUGAUCUCUGGAUGGGGAGCCACUGAAACCCAGAGGUACAGCAGUCAGCUGUUGAAUGCUCGAGUUUUCCUGAUCUCUGAUGAGCGAUGCAAAACUCCUCAAGUCUAUGGAAGUGUACUAGACAGCAGCAUGUUCUGUGCAGGGACUUUGCAGGGGGGUGUCGACUCCUGUCAGGGCGACUCAGGUGGACCUUUGGUCUGUGAGCAAAAUGGCACACAAUAUAUCACUGGUGUGGUGAGUUGGGGCGACGGCUGUGGUCAGCAGAACAAGCCUGGUGUCUACGCCAACGUCCACUCAUUUAUCAGCUGGAUCAAAAGCAAGAUCAACUGAACAUUAGUUAAUUGAACUACUGUGGGUCUGUAAUCAUUGUGGGGUUGUUGGGGAAGAAAAACAUACCUCAGCUUAGUUUGCCUUUAAAAAACAGUUUAUUUUAUCAGCAAUAAAACCAAGCAUUUACUCCCAGCCCAGCUUUGAGUUAAAAGGGGCACUGAUACAAACUCACGAAGCUGAACCUGCCAGACAAAAUGUAGAUCGCUCAUCAUUUCAGAAGGCCUCUACUUCUUUCUCACUGAGCCUAGCUCAAAGUGCACUAGAUUUGCAGACCCCGUAAUAGAACCGCAUGUUUUGCAGGGCAGCGACAAGGUUUUGUUUGCUCACUUGACCUUGUUGCAUGUGUUCUUCUAAAAAUAAAAAUAAAACAAAUGAUGAAAAAAAAUCCUCUGCAGUGCUGGCUUUAUAGCAAUCUCUGGUCCAGCGUCACAUGAUCUAAACACACUCAAUAUACAAAAGCAAAAUGCAAACUUUCCAUUUGAUAUUUCAUACAGUAUCACCUUUGUGUUAUAAUAACCUGAAUUCAGUUUUGGUAUCCUUGAUUUUUCUUGCUCUAACUGGUGUUGAACAUGGUCCUUUAGAGGCAAUUUAACCCAUUCAGAAGUUUUAAUAAAAUGUCAAAAAGUA